UGGGAUGUGUUUUAAUAGAUCAUUAAACAGAGGAAAAUGUAUAGGCAAUGAUCAGCCUAGCUACUCUGUUAGCCAAACCAGUAAACAGUUAAGUCAAGUUAAGCUGGAAGGGCACGGAUUGGUCAGAAAUUAAAGAUGGUGUCAGCUGUUGUAUGAUAACUGAGCUGACUUGUGGUUCUGCACAAGUUUCGGCUGACAUAGUUAUCACAUAUGGCUGACUGACAUGGAUAGUCAGUCACAGUCUUCAAAAAUAAACGGCCUAGUAGUGCACGCAUGGAGGCACUUGGAGCGGUCAGGUAAAUGAUUGAUCCUUAAAGCAUGCACCUGGAGUUUACUCAACGUUAAAACGGAGCAUUUUGUAGAGCAGAGACUUCAGGCAAGCGCUGGCUUAUGGCUCAUAAAGUGAUUUCUUUCCUCUCUCCCUUCAUUGUCUCCCUCUCUCUCUCUUUCUCUCUCUCGCUCUCGUCCCACAGCCGAGCGAGUCCUGUCAUGUCAGGUGUGCGAUCAUCAGUCCGUGCAGGUAUCUGUCUCAGCUGCGCUUCCUGACUGGGAUAGGGGUAAAGCAGAGGGACUGACGAGAGGAGAGGAGCGGCGCUGAGGAGUGCAGAGUACAGGCUGAGGAGUACGGACCAAGGAGCACGGAGUGGAUGGUGGUGCACUGUCCACCAGCCAGAGAAAAAUACCCAUCUAUUUCCACAACCAUGCUCUCCUGUUGAACCACAGCGAAGGACAACAACCACCGUACUCAACCAAGGGAACAAAGAACACAGAAUUAGAACCCCUUUCCCUGACUCUACUCAACUCAACUGACUCUACUCCAGCAACUACCACAGACCAGGAUGCCACUGAAGACCUCACUGUACCGCAAGCCUGCCUCAGGCCGCUGGCCCGCCCGCCGUCAAUCGAAACACCGCAACAGCCUGUCCGUCAACAUGAUCAGCCUACCGCUGGGCGACUUCCGUCACCUGUCCCACAUCGGCUCCGACGGCCAGGGCGACCGCUUCGGCGACCUGUCCUUCCUGAAGCGGGGCCACAGCCUGCUGCUGCAGAGCUCCCAGAGCGAGCAGAACCUCUUUCUGGCGUGCUCCCCACCGCCGCCGAAACCGCCACGCCUCAAUCUCGACGACGACGGGGAAGGGGACAGAGACGGAGAGGAGAGCCCGGAUUGGACGGUUCGGCGGCAGAACUCGUCAGAGAGGCGGAAGAAGUGCAGCUCGCUCCCGUUGCUCGAUAGUGAGGAGGGGGAGAUGAUGGAGGAGGAUGAGCUGACGGGGUCAGAGCGGGCCAGUGGCAGCCCAAGUCCGAGCACUGAGCACGGCAGCCUGAGCUCGGGGAGAGGAUACAGCCACACCCUCACGACCACUGCUAUGGAAAUAUCACAGCCGGAUGACUUCGACAAUGCGUUUGCAUUCGAUCUGGACCUAGGGCCUUCUAUACUCGAUGACGUGCUUCAAGUGAUGAACAAACACCAUGAGUGACAAUAGGCCAAGAACAAAUCAAUGACUUAAAAAAAACAUAUUUAACUUAAAAUAUACUGAAAGACAUUUUCAUGGAACUCUUACUGGGUGUAGAAGGUAUUGUGUUAUUUUUCACAAAAAAAACCCCAAAGAAUCACUGAAGAGCUACGUUUGUCACAUGACUGCAAUUUCUCAUCAUGUUUACUAUGGUGAGUUCAAAGUGGUGAUUACAGUUUACACAGUCCUGUCUCACACUUCCAGACAUUCUGGGGGUAAAGAAUCUUCCAGAACCAUUUCCAGUUCUUUUUCAUGCCAGACCCUGAUUCUAAUAUUUAUCCCCAACACUUGACUGAUGGACAGACUUCCUUUUUCUGGACGAAAACUAAACUACUCCUACUGAGAUUGAGUUUGAAGGCCCGGAAUAACGGCCACACGCAAGGGACCGGCAGUGGAUUCCAGAAAGCAUCGGCAGCACUAGCUCUCCCGGCCACAUCAUCUCGGAUCGUUGGACCUCCGCCGGAACAGAGCUGGGAGAGAUGGAUAUCGGCCCCUAAUGCCUAUCUUAAGCCCUCAUCUGCUGAGCUGACACAGGAGGACUCACACAGAUGCACGCAGUGCAGGAGUCACACAUGCGUGAACACACACACACGCACGCACGCACGCACGCGCACACGCACACACACACACACACAUCCACUUACACAUGCACAUACACACAUAUACAGUACUCUUUCACACACACACAGACACAGACACAGACACAGACACAGACACACACACACAACUUUACACAAAUACACACUCAAACACGCACACACCCCCGAACAAAAAACCCUCAUACACUCACCCAUACAUUUCAGAAAAAAACACAGCCUUUCCUUUAUGGUGUCAAUCAAGGGUCAUUUAAAAGGCAGACAGUAAUAACAAAACACAAAUUCUGCUCAGCGCCAGUAUUGCGCAACCUCUCCCGGAAAAGAGUGGAAUUAGGCAAUAACGCUUCCAAUAAUUCAUAAGUGUGUGCCAAAACCUCAAAACAGUGAUCUUACGGUACAUUCGAACAGUUGUAUUGUGGUUGCAUCAAAGUGCCUGAUCUUUGUACAUUUACAAAUGUGUGGUACUUUUUAUACAUGUAUAAAGUUAAAGGCAAAAUGUCACCCAGCUCGAUCAUGCUGUGAUCUUACUUUACAUUUAUGCAUUCGUGUUGUAGUUGCAUCACAGUGCCUGAUUUGGCACACUGUGGCACAAAUGUGUGGUAUGCAUUUUUAUACAUGUAUGGACAGAAAAAAAACAGAUGUUUACACAGCUUGACCAUGCUGUGUCUUUUCAAGAGUUGUCAAGGAGUGACUAUUAAUGUUCUCCAGAUGUUACUGCUGCUUCUGUUACAACAUUAGGAUUUAUGUGAUAAAGAGUUAGUUACUGAUUAAGCACAUUUCUUCGGGAGGAAUUAAAGAAAAGAGAGGCCCUUCAAUUUUUUUUUGUUGCCUUACAUUUUGUGAUUACUAAUUUAAGUUUUGCUGCAAUUUUCCAUGCAAAUAAAUGACACUGCAAAAUAUGAGAAUAAGGGCCUUUCUCAUUACUAAUCUCCACCCCUACCCCUUUGCCUUCCUCUUGCCCCUCGUGCUUUCAAACAAAGGCGCAAGGUGUAGGGCUUGAAACGCAACCCCUAUGGAUUGGGAUGCCCCUUCAACAAUCACGGAAUGACACUCACAGCUGUCACUAAUUCCAUGCAUUAGGUUGACGUUAAUAGCGAUUGUUUUCAUGUGCGUUUCACGGAGAAAAGGGCCAUACAACAUUAGGACAAUGUUAAACUUGCGGCGAAAAUACUGAAACUUGUGUGCUGUUGUGGGUGCCGCGGCUUGCCGCCAAUUUUUAAAUGAAUUCGCAAUGCAUUCAGGGAAAUCUGUCGCAGCCCUCCGUUGCGGAGUCUGGUGUUGGAAAAUCUCCGCGCGGAGGGGUGGAAAGCCCUUUUCCCUACCCCUACCCAUCUGUCUGAACGUGAAUCGGGAUGUCACUACCCCUACACGUGGACGCGCAAAACGGAGGCAAAGGGGUUCGCGUAGGGCUAAGGGGUGUAAUAGGAUUCACCCUAAGAAAGGCCUUGAGUGUUUUAUUAGCCUAAAGUGGGUAACAUCAUAUUGAUAUUUAGUUCAUGUGGGUAAUAACUAGUGGUGUGCAUUGGCACUGUCCUCACGAUUCGAUUCGGUUACGAUUCGGGAGAUAGCGAUUCGAUUCGAUUCAAUUCUACGAUGCAUUGCAAUGCAUUACAUUUCUACUGAAAUCAAAGCAAAUGAUUUAUCAGUCAUGAGGAGGCAAUACAAGCAGUCAGAUACUCAGCUUUAACAUUUUAUUGACUGUUUUCUGUAUCAGUCUUGCAGUUUUCAAUGCUUUGAAGUGCCUUUAUUUAAUUUAACGUUCAUUUGCUCCUGAAAUAUCCAAGGAAGUAAUUUAAGUUAAAAAAAAAUGCAGCAUCGAUUCUGGAACUUGCGGCAUUGAAUUGAAUUGUCCAUGCCCCGCAUUGCAUUGCAUUGCCGAAUCGGUUAUUGUUGACACCACUAGUAAUAACAGCCUAUUGAAGUGUAGUGCUUUUAAUUUGA